UGCACCUUCGAAAAAUUUCCGAUCGAAGGACAAUAUUGAAAUUUCUCUUCGUCAACAAAACGUGGUUUCAAGAGGAAUUUGAAAAGCUCUGUUUGAAUCGUGGGGAUUUUUCCUGUCGCAUAGUUACUAGCUCUGCCACAGCUGCCCUCCUCUUUCCCCUCCGUUGCUACGCACCCGACCCGGUCGGUAUAGUCUGAUAGUCGGAAAUAUUCGUGGAAAAGCUAUAUGAUGUGCUGGAUAUUCGGAGAAUCGAAUGUUUAAACGUAACAACACUAUUUUUUAACUGGAAAGGAGGGCGGCAAAUGUUGAGGAAUGCGUGUUUCAAAUUAACGACGAGAUUUUUGGGUGGAAUUGAAGGGGAAUUGUGUGGAAAAGAAAUUCAAUCGAGAGGAGAAAUGUCGACGAAGAGUAAUGGCUCGAAAAAAAAUGGAAAGGGAAAAAAAAAUCCACAAAUCGAGAAUUUUCAGACUCAACCUUGUCCAGUCACCCUGGAUAAAAAUGGUCACGUGAACAUCAAAAUUCAAGCUAAGCCGGGAGCAAAGCACAAUAAUAUAACCGACAUAUCCGACGAGAGCGUCGGAGUUGCAAUUUCGGCACCACCGGUAGAAGGUGAAGCUAAUACCGAACUCGUUAAAUAUUUGGCGGCAGUUUUGGGAGCGAGGAAAUCCGACGUGUCUUUGGACAGAGGUUCAAAGAGUCGGCAGAAGGUCGUGAUUGUCGAAGGAACUACGGUAGAAAAGGUGUUGGAAAAACUUCGCGAGGAGAUGAAGGAAAGUUGAUAUUAAAUUUGUCGAUUUAUUUCAUUGGACGUGUGUCGUUUAGAUCUCGUGUCAUCUCUAAUUUAGUACGUAUUUAUGUAUGAAGAGAAAUCUGUUAAACAUAACUGUACAUAAAAUAUAUAUUAAAUUAUUAUCAAUUAA